UUCAGCGCACCAAAAGUUGUCAAGCGUUUCUUUUUUUUUUCCUUUAUUAAGCUUCAGUCGACGGUCCGAGUGCUUUGUGAACUGACUGACCAGCUACAAAAAGAAGAAGAGGGUUAUGAAUUCGUUCGGUAACGGCAUGUUACCGCAACAACAGCAACAGCAAGCUUCGCCAAAUGGUCCUCAAGCAACACCACCUAAUGCCGCAGGUCCUGGAAUGUUCAACAAGGAACGAAUGAACGGUUUGGUUCAGCGUCUUACAUUCCUGCAACGCCAAGGUGCCAAUGAAGAAAAUAGUCAAGAAUUUGCGCACAUUAUGCAAAUUCUGAGGAAUUACCAAGCACAACAAAAGUUACAACAACACCGAUUACAGCAACAACAGCAACAGCAGCAGCAACAAGCAAUGUCACCAUUCCAGCAAUCUCCAAUGUCGCCUGUCCAAGUACCUUCACAGCAACAGCAGCAACCGCAACAGCGACCACCACCAGCAGUUCCACAGCCCAUGAUGCCACCACAACACUUGGCACAACAGCAACAGGCACCUCAUCCUCAAGGAGCCAUGGAUCCCAAUGUUGCUGCUGCGGGUGCUGUACCUCCUGUGCCGCCACAACACUCGGUGUUCACACAAAGCCAACUCGGUGCAUUAAAAUACCAGAUCCUCGCAUACAAGCUGAUUUCCAAGAACAUGCCUUUACCAGAUCAUAUCCAACAAGCUGUUCUAUCACCUUUAACAAUUGCAUCGUCGUCAUCCUUAUCAUCCCCCCAUGCAGCAGCAGGAGUAGCAGUAGAUGAGCAGCACCAACUUGUUGUUCCCAAUGGUGCUACGAACAUGGCAUCAGCGCCGCCUGGUGUGGUGCCCAGCAGAUCAUCGGCUACGCCAGGUAUAUCACCGUCUGCGUCUGCCACUCAUGCUGCUGUUACUGCCGCUGCAGCAACCCGAUCUGCAUCUCCACAACGACCGCCGCUACCUCCUUCUUCUCAUCCUCAACAUCCACAACAACAGCAACCGUCAUUCCCUCCUGCAGCAGCAAUACCACCACCACCACUACCAACAACAACAAUAACAACAAAAGCAGAAUAUAACGCGUACGCGUCACCUUAUAGCAUGAUGAAGAAACCUAUAAGUUCUUACGCUCAUGCGUCGCGUCAACACCGGCAAUUAAUUCCAAGUAUCACACCAUGUGGCAUGGAUAGUUAUGAGUUUGCCGAGGGACGCGAACGAUUAAUCGAUACACGUAUUAAAGCUCGCAUGAACCAGCUCGGAAAGCUGUCAGGAUCAAUGAUGGACAAAUUGUCGGGUUCCUAUUCUCCAUCGACGACGACGACGACGACGACAGAUGCUACUCGUCGAAGAACAUCGUUACAGACGCUGAUCGAACUGAAAAGUUUAAGGCUUCUUAGUAAACAGAAACAGAUGCGUCAAGAACUUGUUCAAGGCAUUUCAAAAUCCUCAACCCUGGCCGCCAUGAUGGACCGUUCCACGUACCGUCGCCUCAAACGGCAGUCCUUACGCGAAGCACGGAUGGUUGAAAAACUCGAACGACAACAACGCAUCGACUUGGAAAACAAAAAGAAACAACGACAUUUGGAUCAACUACAACUGAUUUGUGACCACGGGCGAAACUUGAUAAGCACCCAACGUACGUGGCAGUCCAAGCAAUCGAAACUGGGGCGUGCGGUUAUUCAGUAUCAUCAACAUGUGGAAAGGGAGGAACAGAAGCGGAUUGAAAGGAUCUCAAAGGAGCGUAUGCGGGCCUUAAGGAACGAUGAUGAAGAGGCGUACAUGAAAUUGAUUGACACGGCCAAGGAUACGCGGUUGACCCAGUUGUUGAAACAGACAGACAACUUCUUGGGAUCGCUUACGCAGGCAGUGGUGGAUCAGCAGAAUGAUGCGUCCCAACGAGAAAAUGAAUAUCUUGUUCAAGAUGAUACUGAGGACAAGGAUUCCAAGGUUGAUUAUUUUAAAGUCACACAUCGCGUCAAGGAAGAAGUAUCACAGCCUAACCUUUUGGUGGGCGGAACUUUGAAAGAUUAUCAGAUCAAGGGUUUGCAAUGGAUGGUCUCCUUGUUCAAUAACCACUUGAAUGGUAUUCUUGCUGAUGAAAUGGGUCUUGGCAAAACAAUCCAGACGAUCAGUCUGAUCACCUAUCUUAUUGAACGGAAACGGCAGAAUGGUCCUUUUCUGAUCAUUGUACCACUGUCCACAUUGACAAACUGGUCGCUGGAAUUUGACAAAUGGGCGCCUUCUGUUAAAACGAUUGUAUACAAGGGCACGCCACCCGUGCGUCGAGAAUUGCAAAUGGAUAUCCGUCGUGGCGAUUUUCAGGUCUUGUUGACGACGUUUGAUUACAUCAUCAAGGAUCGACCAUUGUUGAGCAAGACCAAGUGGUUGCAUAUGAUUAUUGACGAAGGUCAUCGUAUGAAGAACGUCAAUUCUAAAUUGACAGUAGUCCUGCGACAGUACUACAAUACACGCUAUCGUAUCAUUCUAACCGGCACUCCUCUUCAGAACAAUCUACCAGAAUUAUGGGCCUUGUUGAACUUUAUCCUACCCAAAAUUUUCAAAAGUGUAAAGACAUUUGAAGAAUGGUUCAACACACCGUUUUCAUAUCAAGGCGUCUCGGACAAGAUUGAUCUGAACGAAGAAGAACAGCUUCUGAUCAUCAAACGUCUUCACAAAGUCUUGCGUCCAUUCUUGUUGCGUCGUCUAAAGAAGGAUGUCGAGUCGGAAUUGCCCGACAAGGUCGAACGCGUGAUCAAGUGCAAGUUGUCGGCUCUUCAGGCCAAGCUGUAUCACCAAAUGAAGAAGAAUGGUCGCAUGUACACAUCAAUCAAUGAGAAAGGAAAAAUGGGAGUCAAGGGUCUCAAUAACACAAUCAUGCAAUUACGUAAGAUCUGUAACCAUCCGUUUGUGUAUGAGGAGGUGGAAAACACGAUCAACCCGAGUGGACUGUCGAACGAGUUCCUCUAUCGCGUAUCCGGCAAAUUCGAGCUAUUGGACAGAACAUUGCCAAAAUUACGAGAAACUGGACAUAGGGUGUUAAUUUUCUUCCAAAUGACCCAAGUCAUGUCCAUCAUGGAAGACUUUAUGAAUUAUCGAGGAUACCGUUACUUGCGCUUGGAUGGCUCUACCAAGGCCGAUGAUCGAUCGCAAUUACUACAAGUCUUUAACUCACCCGACUCACCCUACUUUGUCUUUUUAUUGAGUACCCGCGCUGGUGGUUUGGGUCUCAACCUGCAGACAGCCGACACGGUUAUUAUCUUUGACUCGGACUGGAACCCUCAUCAAGAUUUACAAGCCCAGGACCGUGCUCAUCGAAUUGGCCAAACCAAAGAAGUUCGCAUUUUCCGUUUGAUCUCGGCCAACUCUAUUGAGGAAAAUAUCUUGGCUCGAGCAAACUAUAAGCUGGAUAUUGAUGGCAAAGUCAUUCAGGCGGGUAAAUUCGAUAACCGUAGUACGGAUGAAGAUCGUGAAGCCUUCUUGCGAACUUUACUGGAAGAUAAAAGUGACGAACAUGACGACGAAGACGACGUUCAAGAAGAAAUAGACGAUGAAGAACUGAACGAAAUGCUGAAGCGGUCUGAUCAAGAACUAGUCAUCUUUAAUCGAAUCGAUGCGGAGCGCGAACGAGCUGAAGCCGACUAUUAUCGACAAAAAGGUCGUCGUGGUCGCAAACACGAUCGUUUAAUACAGGAAGACGAAUUACCAGAAGUGUAUCGUUAUGAAGAUGCUUUCGCUGAAGACGUUUCGCCAUUACUUGAAUAUGGUCGUGGUCAACGUGUCCGAGACACAGUUCGUUAUGAUGAUGGAUUGACCGAAGAACAAUGGGUGAAUGCGCUCGAGGAUGAAAAUAUCGACUUGGAUGACCUGAUUGCAAGAAAGGAAGCACGGCGACGUAAAGCGGCUGGGUUGCCUCCUUUGGAAGAUUCGGCGUCAUUAAACAAGAAACGGGGUCGGCCAAAGAAGGGAGAACCAGAUUACAGCAGCAGCAGUAGUAGCAAGAAGAAAAGUCGGCAAAAGAAGGACGACAAAUCUGCUUCGGAUCCUUUGUCGCCACCACUCAGACAACAACUUACUCGGAUAUUUGACGCAUGUUACAAGGCAGUCGAGGAAUCGACCGAGGAGGAUGAAGAGACCUACCGUAAACGAUGCACGCUGUUUAUGGAUCUUGUCAGCAAGCGCGACUAUCCCAUCUACUAUACCAUGAUCAAGAGCCCUAUCGCAAUGAAAAUGAUCAAAAAGCGAAUCCAUUCCCCGUAUUACCGGAACGUUGCGCAAUUCCGGAAUGAUUUCCACCUGAUGUUUGACAAUGCAAGGACGUUUAACGAGGAAGGUUCGAUCGUAUACGAGGAUGCAGACGAAAUAAAAUAUUCGAUGCCAAACUUGCCGAACUCUGUCCUUACGGUCAACUACCUCCACUACCGUCGCCUGAAGGUCAGCAGCAGCAGCAACUUCAGCAAGGUGCUGCCGUCGCCGCACAGAUGCCCGGAGUGUAUAAAACGAACAACAGUCAUAAUACCAACGUACCUAUUCAUGCUGCAACUCAUCCUACUAUGAGCUCAAAUACGAUGCCUACAGCCAAAAACUUUAAGACCCACAAAGCCCAACAUCAACGAAAACAGCAUGCAGCAGCGACAACAGAUUACGAUGAAGAGGAGGAACCGGAGGACGACGAUGAACCAGAAGACGAUGACGACGAAUACAAUGAAUGAUUGAACCUGAUAUAACACACGCACACACACAUGAAAAGAAAGGUGAAAAGCUAACAAAAAGUCAAGAAGAGGGCUGUAUAUAAAUUCUUCUUCCCUCUCUCUCUUAUCCCUUUGCUUAUAAAAUGUCUCUUUUUCCCCUUUGUCUUUUUCUCUCUUUCUUGCACGACAACCCACAAGCAUAUCUAAAUACACUUUUUCUUUUUU